AUGGAAGCGCUGGUUUGCAGGAAGCUCGGAGAUCCAACAAUAUCGUCGCCAAGCGAUGAGAAUUCACCAGUAGUAUUGAGUAAAAACCAUCCGAUUCCGCAAUUGGAUUCUCCAACGUCGGUCAGAGUUCAGAUUAAAGCUACAAGUUUAAAUUACGCCAAUUACCUUCAGAUUCUUGGAAAAUACCAAGAGAAACUUCCUCUUCCUUUCAUCCCUGGUUCUGAUUACUCUGGAAUCGUCGUUGCUGUUGGCUCUAAAGUUUCCAAAUUCAGAGUCGGAGAUCGGGUUUGUUCCUUUGCUGGCGACGGUUCUUUUGCUCAAUUCAUCGUUGCCGAGGAGUCGCGAUUAUUCCGAGUACCUGAUGGAUGCGAUCUGGUGGCCGCCGGCGCACUUCCGGUUGCGUUCGGGACCUCGCAUGUUGCUCUUGUACAUAGAGCCAAGUUGGCUCCUGGACAGGUACUGUUGGUUCUUGGGGCAGCUGGAGGUGUUGGGCUAGCUGCCAUUCAAAUCGGGAAGGUCUGCGGUGCAGUUGUUAUUGCCGUUGCUAGGGGAGCUAAAAAGGUAGAGUAUCUCAAGUCCUUGGGAGUUGACCAUGUAGUAGACUUGAAUCAUCAAAAUGUCAUUGAAAAUGUGAGAGCCUUCCUCAAGGAAAGAAAACUUAAAGGGGUUGAUGUUUUGUAUGACCCAGUUGGAGGAAAGUUGACAAAAGAUUCAAUGAAACUUCUAAACUGGAGUGCAAACAUUCUCGUGAUCGGGUUUGCCAGCGGGGAGAUCCCUGUUAUUCCCACGAAUAUCUCUCUUGUUAAGAAUUGGACAGUUCAUGGACUUUAUUGGGGCAGCUAUGCCAUACAUAGACCUCGAGUUCUUGAAGAGUCUAUGAAUCAGCUAUUAUCGUGGUUAUCGACUGGAUCGAUCCGUGUUCACAUUUCUCACAUUUAUAGCCCAUUAGAGGCCAACCAUGCCUUUUAUGCCAUAAAGAACAGAGAAGCGGUUGGAAAAGUGGUGUUGGUUUUUGAAGACAAGACUGUGAAAUCGAAGCUAUAAGAUAGUCAAGGUUUCGAAAUGGAUAUGAUGAAGAUUCAAAUCUUCAAUUUCAAAAGGAGUGUAUAUCAAUUAUUGCUAAAUCCAUGACCCUACUAGACAAUAAGUUGACAUUUGUAAGCUCACAAGGAGUUUGUGUACUCAUAAAUAAGGCUUUCCACUAUUACCACAUAAUGUUCUAUCGUAUUUAUGUGUUCUCUUA